UUUUCAACAGAGUGUAAGCACAUGGAAGGGUGAAUUUCCAUCCAAAGAGGAUGAGUUCUGCUCCUCCGCUUCCCAGUGAACAGCCCUGCAUUCUGGCCAGAUCAGACUACAAGUCCCAGGAGUCUGCGCAACCAUAGCGCCUCCGUGAGCCUUCCCUGGCGCCGCUGCAGAGCCGAAAAAGGUUCCGGCCAGCGCCCGGCGCCCGGGCUUGUUUGUCAAGGCAGUGACAGGGGCAGGAGGACCGAAGCACAGGCGGGGGCAUCGGGAGGCGGAUUAGCCAGCGUUGCGCACCAAGGGGCGGGAGGAGGGGGCCGGGCCAGCGGUGCACCGAGCCGCGAAGACAGCGGGCUGAGCGAUGGAGGCCGGCGAGUUGCCGUGGGGCGGCGAGUCCGUCUCGGGACCCGGCCCGGGAGGCGGCGGAAUGAUCCGCGAGCUGUGCCGGGGCUUCGGCCGCUACCGCCGCUACCUGGGUCGGUUGCGGCAGAAUCUUCGCGAGACCCAGAAGUUCUUCCGCGACAUCAAGUGCUCCCAUAGCCACAGCUGGCCCUCCUCCCUCGCGGGUGGCGGUGCAGCGGAGCUUGGCCCUGCCGGCGAUGUCGCCGAAUCCCCGCUGCCGGCGGGCCAGCUGAGCUGCAUUUCCUUCCCACCUAAGGAAGAAAAGUAUCUCCAGCAGAUUGUGGAUUGCCUUCCCUGCAUACUGAUCCUCGGCCAGGAUUGUAAUGUCAAGUGCCAGCUGUUGAACCUGCUGUUGGGGGUGCAAGUGCUUCCCACCACCAAGCUGGGCAGCCAAGAGAGCUGUAAGCUUCGGCGCCUCCGCUUCACCUAUGGGACUCAGACUCGGGUUAGCCUGGCACUGCCUGGACAGUAUGAACUAGUACACACGCUGGCUGCUCACCAGGGCAACUGGGAGACCAUCCCUGAGGAGGACUUGGAGGUUCAAGAAGACAGUGAGGAUGCUGCUCAUGUUUUAGCUGAACUGGAGGUGACGAUGCACCAUGCUCUCUUACAGGAAGUGGACAUUGUAGUGGCACCAUGCCAUAGCCACCGGCCUGUGGUGGAUGUUCUGGGAGACUUGGUGAAUGAUUUCUUGCCUGUGAUAACAUAUGCACUCCACAAAGAUGAACUCUCUGAAAGGGAUGAGCAAGAGCUGCAGGAAAUUCGAAAGUAUUUCUCCUUUCCCAUGUUCUUUUUCAAAGUACCCAAGCUGGAGAUAAUCGACUCUUCCACUGGGAGAUUGGAGAGUGAAAGAUCACCACUAUAUCACCGGCUAGUGGACCUGGGCUAUCUGAGCAGCAGUCAUUGGAACUGUGGAGCCCCUGGUCAAGACAGCAAAGCUCAGAGCAUGUUGGUGGAGCAAAGUGAGAAGCUGAGACUCUUGAGCACAUUUUCUCACCAGCUGCUACAGACACGCCUGGUGGAUGCAGCCAAGGCUCUGAACCUGGUGCACUGCCACUGCCUUGACAUCUUUAUUAACCAGGCCUUUGACAUGCAGCGGGAUCUGCAGAUCACUCCUAAACGUCUAGAAUAUACCCGAAAAAAGGAAAAUGAGUUGUAUGAAUCAUUGAUGAAUAUUGCUAACCGAAAACAGGAAGAAAUGAAGGAUAUGAUUGUUGAGACACUUAACACUAUGAAAGAGGAACUUCUGGAUGAUGCUACCAACAUGGAGUUUAAAGAUGUCAUUGUCCCUGAGAAUGGAGAACCAGUAGGCACCAGAGAGAUCAAAUGCUGCAUCCGACAGAUCCAGGAGCUCAUCAUCUCCCAGCUUAAUCAGGCAGUGGCUAAUAAGCUGAUUAGCUCAGUGGAUUACCUACGUGAGAGCUUCGUUGGGACCCUGGAACGGUGUCUACAGAGCCUUGAAAAAUCACAGGAUAUCUCAGUUCAUAUUACCAGUAAUUAUCUCAAACAGAUCUUAAAUGCUGCCUAUCAUGUUGAAGUCACAUUUCACUCAGGGUCUUCAGUUACGAGGAUGCUGUGGGAGCAAAUCAAGCAGAUCAUCCAGCGUAUCACAUGGGUGAGCCCACCUGCCAUCACUCUAGAGUGGAAGAGGAAGGUGGCCCAGGAAGCGAUCGAGAGCCUCAGUGCCUCCAAAUUGGCCAAGAGCAUUUGCAGCCAGUUCCGCACUCGGCUCAAUAGUUCUCAUGAGGCUUUUGCAGCCUCCUUGCGGCAGCUGGAAGCUGGCCACUCUGGCCGUCUGGAGAAAACCGAAGAUCUGUGGCUACGGGUUCGAAAAGAUCAUGCCCCUCGCCUGGCCCGCCUUUCUCUGGAGAGCCGUUCUUUACAGGAUGUCCUGCUGCACCGUAAACCUAAAUUAGGACAAGAACUGGGCCGGGGCCAAUAUGGUGUGGUGUACCUGUGUGACAACUGGGGGGGACACUUCCCUUGUGCCCUCAAGUCGGUUGUCCCUCCAGAUGAGAAGCACUGGAAUGAUCUGGCCUUGGAGUUUCACUACAUGAGGUCUCUGCCAAAGCAUGAGAGAUUGGUAGAUCUUCAUGGAUCAGUCAUUGAUUACAACUAUGGUGGCGGCUCCAGCAUUGCUGUGCUGCUCAUUAUGGAGCGACUGCACCGAGACCUCUACACUGGGCUGAAGGCUGGACUGACCCUGGAGACACGUUUGCAGAUUGCUCUAGAUGUGGUAGAGGGAAUACGCUUCCUGCACAGCCAGGGGCUUGUCCAUCGUGACAUCAAACUGAAGAAUGUGCUGCUGGACAAACAAAACCGUGCCAAAAUCACUGACUUAGGAUUCUGCAAACCAGAGGCCAUGAUGUCAGGCAGCAUUGUGGGGACACCAAUCCAUAUGGCCCCUGAACUUUUCACAGGAAAGUAUGAUAAUUCUGUGGACGUCUACGCUUUUGGGAUUCUUUUCUGGUAUAUCUGCUCAGGUUCUAUCAAGCUCCCCGAGGCAUUUGAGAGGUGUGCUAGCAAAGACCAUCUCUGGAACAAUGUGCGCAGAGGGGCCCGUCCAGAACGCCUUCCCAUGUUUGAUGAAGAAUGCUGGCAGUUGAUGGAAGCAUGUUGGGAUGGUGACCCCUCUAAAAGGCCACUCCUGGGCAUUGUCCAGCCUAUGCUCCAGAGCAUUAUGGACCGGCUUUGCAAGUGUAAUUCUGAGCAACUGAACAAAGGGCUCGAUGAUUCUACUUGAAGGCAAAGACUUUACUCAUCCACUUUUUUUCUUUUCUUCUUUCUCAUCUUUUGGCCAUGGGGAGAAUUUGAUGUUUCAUCAUGAAGGGAGCUCCCAAGGGAAUUGGUGCUUGCUGGCAACCUGAGACCUGCUUGGGCAGAAGUGGCUCCUGGCAGUGAGGAGUUGGAUGACUGAGUAUUCUGGGCAGUUCACUCAUAAUGCCUCACACUGUCCUUCUGGCAAAAGAUAGUCUCAGAUGUGGAAAAGCUGAAGAAUGUGAUGUUCUGGCCUCAGAACUGAAAAGGAGGCAACUGUUACCAUUGUCUUUUCACUGUAUUGUUUCUAAAACAAACAAGACACUGCUGUGGCAGAAGUAUUAAAAUGUAUUAUUUUCACAAUCUCAGCUUUAGCUAGAAAUAGUUUGAACCUACCCAGUGGUAAAGACCACUUAGAAAAUGUGACCUUAGUUUAGUAUUAUAUGAACAUAAGGGCAAAGUAAAACAAAACCAAACCCAACCAAAUAAACCAUGUAGUUGCCUGGUUGCUGUUCUUUGUAACCAAGGAUCUCAGAUUGUAAGUCGGAAGCCCCAGGAGGCAGCGAGAAGUGCAGCUGUCUGUCCUCACAACCCAAUGUGUUUACAUUUCCAGGACCUGGUAGUCCUGAUUUCUUGGGGGCAGGGCUAACUCAGAACAGAAUCUGUUCUAUUCCUGGAUCUUUCCUCCACAUCAUGCACUUCUUUGGAUCUAAGGGAGGAAACACUCCAGUUAACAUGGUACUUGGACUGAGUGUCUGAUCAGAAAUAGAAUUUAUAAUUUUGUUGUUGUUUUUAAUGGGAUGUAGCCCCGGCUGGCCUUAAACUCUUGAUCCUCCUGCCUCAGCCUCCAAAAUGCUGGGAUUACAGGCAUGUCCUAUCAUGCCACCUUAUAAUAAUAUAACUUACUCUUUUUUUCUUAUGCAAUGCUAGGUAUCAAACAUGAGGCCUCAAACAUGCUGACAAGUGUUCUACCAGGAGCUCCACCCCAACUUUAUAUAGUAGUUUUAACUCUUAGCACCAUGAGCUCCAACGAGACAUUUGAGCAUGUUGUCCCUAAGCACAGGCAGCCCUUCAGAAAUGCCAUGUAAUGCUUUCUGUGUGCAGACCUUAAUGAAAAGUGACUGGCCCAUUGUCUUUGGGGUCACACUCCAGCCUUGUUUUGGUAGAAUAUUUAUCCCUUAGAAUUUUAACACCUACUCAACUAAGUUUCUCUGUGUUCAGAAUCACCUUGUUGCCCUCCUGGAGCCUACUAGGUGUCCAGUUAAGAAAGGAGUAAUAUCUACUUGCUGAAAAAAUUAUUUUUAAGUCUGUUCUAUGUGAAACGUAAAGAAAGGUCCUAUAAUUGGAGAACUGUAGACCUUUGUCUUAAUUCUAGCUAUAAUCAGGAGUCUGUACUUCCAGUAUGGAAACCAUAUUCCCAACAUUCUUUGGACAUCUUAGCUCAUAUUUAGACUCAUAUAUGGGAGGUUGGAUUUUUUUUCCCCCUACCCAGAGUCCCUUUUUCAGUCUGUCCUUUGCGGCUACAUCUGUCAGGAUACCAUUUUUUUUUUUAACAGAUUCUCUACAAUUUUUGCCUAAUGGCAGAAAGGGAGAGACUAAUGCUAAGUAAGGAGAUGAGUAGUAGUAUUAUCGUUCACUAAGAAAAAAAUAUCUGAGAAAGGCGCAGGCAUUCCUGAAAGUCCCCAGGCCAGCCAAAUGCCACAUAGGGAUGUUUGGUGUUAUUUAAAUACUCAGCAGGCUGAGUAUGGGAAUACAUGUGUGUGAUUUGUGUAUAUUUUACUUUUAUUUUAUAACAUUGUAAGCUAAUUAUGGAUUCUUUGUUUGUUGGCACCUAUUAUUAUUACAGUGAUGAAAUGUACUGUAUUGUAUAUCACUUGGGAAGACACUAGGUAUUUGGAGAAGGGCAAGUGUGGUGACACUAGAGUAGUAUAGGGUUCAGCAUGACUGAAGUCUUGAAGGUUUGCCUUUUGGCUUUGGUUGUGUUCCUGAGUGAUGAAGUGAGAUUGUGGCUGAGGGAAGAAGGCUUGGCAUAAAGAGUUACCCUUCUAAAAUUGAGGGAAGUUUACCCCAGCACAAGUGACCACCCAGCCGUUUUUCAAGAGCUUGAACGAAGCCUGAUCACUCUUUUGCUUUAGAAUGGAAUGACAGGCCUUCCUGAAAAGCAGUCAGAGGACAUGCUUGUGGAGCCUGGGACCCUGCAUGGUUAGCCCUGUGCCUAGACAGGUAGCAGCAGCACAGCUGAAGACUACUAUGUUGAUCAGGAUAUGUUCAUGGGCAGGCCCUGGGCCCCUUGCAGAGUAGCUUCUUGACUGAGCAAAUCUUUCACUGCUGUCAGAAAGAAGAUUACACUGGUCGUUCCCAGACCAAAGAGAGUCACUUUUGACUCCAUCAACUUUAAGGAGAUGAGACUAGGCAGCCACUGCUUCUAAUUUUUAACACUAAAGCUCAAGGAAAUGGGAGGAAAGGAUGCAUUACUUCCAUGGCUCGAUUAGGAGAAUGAUGGUACUAUGGACCAACCAGUACUUGUCAGCUCCCCAAGUGCAUUUUUGUAUUUUUGCUUGGACUGCCAAAGAGGGGCUGGAGCACUCGGGGUGUGUGCAGUUCAGUAGAAGAGCAUGCACUUAGAAUGUACAUGACCUGGGGUUCAAUGUCUAGCACCAAAACAAAAACAAAAACAAAAAAAAAACAAAAACAAAACACAAAGGUCAGAGAAGGGUGGAAAAUGUCCUUCCUGACAGAAUUGGCCUGGGGUAGUGGGACUUCAAAGUGGCAACUGCACUAAAAGACACUUUAUUUUUUGUCUUAUUAUUUAGCACUGAGAAGCCCAGGGGAAUUGGUGAUUACAGUAACACUUAGGAAAACUGAGGUGCCCACUGAGGUGCCACCUCUGGCCUUGCUCUGGAGAGAGCUUGUUUGAUUUUGCUUACUGGGAGGCCUCCCAACACCAUGUUGUAUCCCAGCAGAUUAACAGCCCCAGGGAAGUGCACUGCCAGAGGAGAACCUGCUUUCUCUGAGUGUUCAGAGCUUGCAUUUUGUAUUUGCUGCGUUGUGUUCUAUUUUUUCCUUAAAGGAAGAUGGAGAUUUAGUCUUCUAAAUAUGGGGUAUGAUGUUAAAGUAAGUUAGGAAGGAGUGGCCUUAAGAUACUUGCACUGCAAACUCCCCUAGACGUUCCAAGCAGCAGUUGUUCUUAGAGGAGUUUUACUUUUAACUUCAUCUGCUUUGUUAGCAUCUAGUAUGAUUGAGGCAGUAGUAGAGACUGAGAAAGCCUGACGUUGGAGAGGCCAACUUGCCCAGAGGGUUGCUAAGAAAAUUAUGAUGGCUUGCUCGUUUUUGUCUUUAUGUAAUGUUUUUGUUUUUAAAGGACUAAUGUUCAUUACAGUGUUAUAUAAAAGUGUAACAUACUAAGUGUGUAGAAUAAAGUGCAAUAACAAAAAAAUUACUUGGAUACAAACUUCAGUCUUUUCUUAUGCUGUGUGGCUCUUUCCAUGACAUUGUUACAACAGCAUCAUAUUAAUGGUGUGUAUUUUUUAAGAGAUACACCUAUAGGUUUUCUCUUUAGUGUAAUUUGAAUGGUUGGGCUGGGUUCUAUAGUGUUCUGUAAAUUGUUAGGCUACACAAAUACCAGGUAUGUAAUAAAGACCACAUUAAUGUUUUA